AAUACCAUCAUUAGCCUUUCAAACGGAAUGCAACUCCGCUCGAAGGCAGCCUUCUGUGAAAUUGUAGCACGAGAAACGAUUAUAAAUACGUGACUCUAAUUAUUGAUUGCAGGAGUAUGGUAGCGUUUCUAACCAAACGGUAAUUUAUCCUAAAUAUAGAUAAGGUAUGUGCCCUCCAAAGACAGCUCUGCUUAAUAAUUUAGCGGGACAGCUAUCGAAUGUGCGUCUUUUGGGAAUCUUGAGGACGUGAUGUUCCUCUUUACUUGUCCAUCAUUUGCUCCAAAUUUUAAACUGGGGCCAUGGACAUUUUUUCCAUUAUUCCGAAGGAGGGGUUUUUUUUAACAUCGAGGAAGAGGACUGCGCUCCUCCCUUUGACAUAUGAGGUUUUUUAUUGAAAUUAAGUGAAGUAUGUAACCAGCCCUCAUGGAAGAGCUGCCAAACACCCCAAAAGGAAGCAGACCACUGGCCCCUGGGGACAACAUCGGCCCCUGUAUGGAGGGGGGCAAUGGUGAAACUGAAUGUUUUAGUGAAGGCUGCCCCUCCCUUGGUGGCAUGGAAACCAGCAUUCAUAUCGAGGGCAGCUGCACCAAGUCUCCAGCAAGCCCCGUGGCACCCUCACUGGAUUGCCAGGAUAUCCUGUCCCCUGCCUUCACGGAUACCCUGUCGGCAGCCUGGGCCCAUACUGGGUCUGUGAGGAAGAGCAAGACCCAUGACUGUGUGGCGGGAAUGGGGUGGUAUGCAGUUGAGUUAGAUGACGGGUCCACUGAUAGUGGCGGCCACACGCCCACUGUCCGCCAAAAGGGGAGGCUAGUCAGCAGUGUCAGCUUCUCCGGGUUCGCAGUCUCACCGAGCGGACGGGCCAAGCUACUGCGGGAGAACCAGGGAGUGUCUGCUGGCUGCAGCCGGGAAAUUAUCGACUACCGCAACCUGACACCACAGGUGCCGUUUGUGCCCUCCUUUGCCAAGUCCAUCCCCAAGAAGAGGAUCUCCCUGCGGAGGCCCAGAAGGGCUAUCAAAGAUCUUUUGGGUAAGAAGAGGGCAAAGCAGGAGAAGGCGAUCUCCCCUCGCACCCCGACUCCUGGCAUGGCAGGUAUGGACCAUUUGGUUGUGCAUAAUGGGGUCAGGAAACACAGCAGAUCACGGAACCAUCCCUCUGCUGGGCACUCAAAUCCCCAUAAGCACAAUGACCCCCUCUCAGACUCCUCCUCUUCUGACUACUGCCACAACAUCUGCGAGGAUGUCACGUCCCUGAAGAGCUUCGGCUCUCAGACUGGGUGUGGGGAGAUAUUCGCAGAAGAGGAGAACCUCCUCCCUUUGGAGGCCACACAGGGCCAAGGUCCUGACAGGGACAUCUGCGAGCCCAGGAAAUCCAGCCCUGUGAUAGGGUCCUUCCAGGGAGGGGUGGAACAGAUGGCCUCCCCUGCCCACUCUGAGAUCUUAGACUUGUUUGGAAUGUGGGACAGCCUGGGCAGACCUGUUCUCUUGAGGCAGAGUCCCAUUAAAGAGGGCAAGGCAGUAAAUGCUUUGUCGUCCACCACUACCCCAACUAAACCAACUGCCGAACACUUGGCCACUUCACCACACACCUCUAUUCGCACAAUGGAGCAGCGGAUGGAUACGGUGACACAAAAAAGUGACACCCAGGAAACCAUCUCCACCAGUGAUGAAGGCUAUUAUGAGUACAUCUCCCCAGGCCAGGAGGUAACAAGUAGGGAGGUUCUCUCUCCUUGUCGAUCGGCCCGCUUUCCCAGGGAUAGCUAUAGUGGGGAUGCCCUCUAUGAGCUGUUCUAUGAUCCAGGUGAGACAGGCAUGACCCCAAUCUUUGAUGAUGAGAUGGGUCUGUCAGAGAGUGUUCUUGGUCUGGCUGGUGACCUUCCUAUGUCCAUGUACAGUUUCCAUGUUGGGGCGGAGGAGAAUCUGGCCCCUCCCUUGGCUCCACCCUUUGACCUAGUUGGUCAGGAUCUCCUGCAUAGCAGCUGGAGGGGGAAAGACUGUCUGCUCAAGCUGUGUGACACUGAGAUCUCCCUGGCUAUGGGGAUUGUGAACUGGUUCAAGCAGAGGGCUGAGAGGAUGAGCCUGGCCGAGCCUGAAAGCAAUGGGGUGGACACUGGGAAAGGCGCUACCUCCGCUAACAUGAACAGCAGAACAGUUUCUCCAAAGGUUCAGGAAGGGGCAAAGAGCCAGCUGUCAGUCAGAGAUUAUGACAACACAGGGCCAAUGAAUCCCAAAGAGACUGUACCUUGCCAGCCAGAUGCCGCCCCAGUGCAAACCAAUGUUACCCCUACUCCCAUGGACGAAGGACCCAUUUCAGUCUCUCCAGGCAGCAGCAGCCACGUGAGGAGUCGUAUCAGCACCCCCACAAAUGGCUUUUGCUUCCGAAUAUUUAAUAAGGAUUCUCCCCUGACCCCUGAUGGAGACCUGGAAUCCCCUGCGCUGAGGUCUCCAGGCUCUGGGACAAGUGCUGUGUUCCUUCUAGCAAUUAACAAAGAUUCACUCUGCAGCUCUUGCAAGAGCUCCCUGAAGCAGGGCUCCAAAGAGCUCUACCUGUGUGUCUCCUGUCUGUCCCUCAUUGAGCACAUUUCGACCUCUGAUCUCUCUCAUUACACUGGCUGCGACAGGUCAGGGUCCCCAGGGACUCCCCGUUCACUCCCAAGGGGCUUCCUGGAUUCUCCCAUCAGCCCUUGCAUGUCAGGAAGCGAUAUUGACAUACUCCAGAUUCUUGAGCAGUGUGUCGGCCAGGUGUCCUCCCUGAAGAUCAGCGGCAGCCCCAGCAAAGGAGACCACGAUAAGGGCGCCUCCUUCUCCCAGCUCAGCAGCAAGAAAGAUGUUAAAGCAGAGGGUAAAGGGCAGAGGCACAGGUAUCUUAAAUCAAAGCAUAAGCGGAAAAUCAGUGGUGGAGGGAACAGCGGUGUCAUGGAAAAGGGUGACCACGGGACAUGUGGCUUUGACAAUGAUUCCUUACCUCACCUCGGAGCUGACUGCCUGGCCUCUCCUCCAUUGGAGGAGGCUGGCAGCCUGAGUUCUGUCUCAGAACACAACCAAAACUCCACCCAAACACCUAGGCCCAGGUCCCUCCCGUUGUCUAAUUCCACCUACUCAGAGUUCGGCAGCAGUCAGAGUCAUGUCAUCGCCACACUGGGGGAGGCCACUGCCACCACCAGGGGGCAGCCACGUGAGAAGGCGAGGCGGCACAAGAAGUCAGCCGUGAACCGAGACGGGCCAUGUGGCUAUGUCAUGCUGGAGGAAAAGAAGGUGGAACGCCGAUGCAGGAUGAAGAAAUGAAAGUAGUUCAGCCACCACGGGCUGGUCAUAUAAAACCCAGCAAGAGCAGCACCAAUCCUGUCUUUAAAAGCCAGCUUCAACACUGUCUCCAAAUUUCAAUUUCUUCCUCUGGACACCACUCCUCAAUCAACACUAUCUCUGGCCCAUCCCUAUUCACCACCCUACCCCAAAUCUGACUAAUCCCCAAUCCAGUCCUCAACCCCUGUAACAUCACUAGCCUUAUCCUUAUCAACUUCCCAGAUCCCAACUUCAGCCAUCCCCAAAUUUAUCUCCAGUCACAUCUCUAACACCAAUCCAUUUCCUGCAAUCCCAAAUCCAGCCAUUCCCAAAUCCAACCCCAGCUCCAAUUCCUCCCAAAUCCAACUGCAUAUCCAAUGUCCUCUCCUUCAAUGUGGCCUCCUACUGCAUCUCCGCCUCUGUAUAGGGGAAUUUUAUGCUCAGUUUGUUCAUUUCUUCUUCUUCUUCAGUCUCUAUUUUUAUGGUUUUUGAAAAUGUUCACAUAAUUGGAUUAAUUUAUAUCUUCAAGACAUCACUUAACUGAGAUUUUUUUAGGACAGUUGUCUGUGAAGUCUUUUGGACUAGUUUUGUUGCUCAAAGGAAUGACUAUCCUUUUAAUCUUUUGUAUACAGCAGAUUAGAAGAACAAACAAAAUUCAAGGACUGCAAAGCCUUAAGUGUGUCAAUUGUAUUGACUAUCCUGUUUUUUUAUCAGUUAUAUGAUGGGUUUUUUUAAACUACACAUUUAAAAAAGAAAACCUUGUUUAUUGAAUUUUAAAUAGCAGCACAAUUGCUUUAGCACUCUUACAAAACAAACUAUAUUACUAUGGUGUCUGUUUUGUCUUUAUUGGGCACCUUUAUUUGAUUUAUUGGGUAAAUUAGAUUUCUGUGCAAUGUGAUAUAUUCUGUUGUGUGCGUGUGUCUGUGUCUGUGUGUGUGUGUGUGUGUGUGUGGGUGGGGGGGAGGGGGGGGAGGUUUAGGGGGUUGUGCAUGCCUUGAGUAGAUUUAGGGUAAGGGUCCAACUGGUCCUUCUCUCCCUGAGGAGCUGUCUCUUUACAGGGAGUGAAGUGGACCCAAUCUCCCAUUUCUUCAGUUCCCACAGUAACAUUCAGAAAAGUCAGGAGACUGGAAGAGGCAGAUUAUGACAUGUAGGAACCUGGCAGGUCAGCUUUUCCCUAAGCCUAUUUAUUUAUUUAUUUAUUUAUUUAUUUAUUAAUAAAAUCAUCCACAAAACCAAGUUUUCCUUCAUAAACAUUAGCAGUUAAAUUGAUACCAAAUUUGGUUGGAGCACAGUUGUUGUAUUUAUUUUGAACACAGUUAGGCAUUUAUUUCAAAUACAUGCUCUUUUUAUGACAUUUAUUAUAUAUUAAUGAAAAUGCCCAUGAAUGGUGAUACUGAUUUAAUUGGAUAGUUUUGGAGAAUGAGAAGGGAACCUAUUCUGAGUGUAGUGAUACGGAAACACAUUUUAAUGAAUGGUGAAAUAUUACAUUUAAAAAUAUAUAUCAAUGUGUCAAUGUUUGCUAAGCAUAUCUGUAUGGCAAAAUAUACUCCCUCUAUUCUAUAUAUAAUUUGGAUGCAUAUAUUGUACAAUACAUUUUAUGGUAUGUUUUGUUGAAAUAUAUUUGACAGUGUAUGCAUGUAAUAGCUAAUGCAAAUCAUAGAUAUAUUUUCUCAUAAAUGUGGUAUAUUUUCACAUAUGAAAAUAUAUUCUUUACUUGAUGGAUUUUUCAUAUAUUGUAUGCAAUAUAUCAUUUUUUAGAAGUUUGCUAUCCAGUAAAUUAAUUGGAAGUCAGACUAGGGCUUUAGCUCUGUUAUAUGAAUAUUGUCUUUGGUUAUUGAUAGUCAUUCUCAUUCCUACAAAAUUCAUUUUAGUCGCUGAGAAAGGACAUUGCUGUGUUCCAUUUUCUCUUUUAUUUGAAUGCAAUGUACGGUUGUUUUAAAAUAAUGUGUUCUUUUCACACGUGCCUUUGAGUCAACCAAAGGCUGUUGGUUGUAGUUAUUUGCAUGGCAUUGACAUUUUUCCAAUUUAUAAGUGGCCCUUGUAGUGGUGUGGUGCUUGAAGCUGUGAAGUUGUAUUAUGGAUAAGAUUCAUUGCCUUGUUAUUGCAUCAAUUCUGUACUGAUGUGCUGACCUUUAAGGUAUGCGGAUUGGCUAAAUUACCGAGUUUACUUAAGUUAGAUAAACCAUCCAGAUUAUGUGAAAAUGAGCAAAUCUGCUCUGCAUCUGCAUGACAUUGGUCCUGAAAAGAGUCCCCAUGCAGUAUGGAGACGUGCGUGCUCAUUUACCUCUUACCUCUGAAAUAUUACUGUGUUGCUCCUUGCGUGACAGCUCUGGGGGGUCUGCCAUCUGGCGGCCAGUUAAACUAUUGCAACGUAGCAGGUAUAAUUUUUACAGCCAGCAAAUUUAAAGACAACUAAGAUCCCAUUAUUAUUAUAUAUCAUUGGGAAAAUAUACAUAACAGUGCAAUACAGAGUGUUGUAUAAACAACAGAAAUAACAUAUUAACACACUUAAUGAACCAAAUCAAAAGUAUAUAAUAUAAGCUUUAAAUUCACAGGCUAGGUUUCCCUCUGACUAUAAAGACCUCUUGUGGUUGCUCUCUCUCUCUCCAAGUAAAAUCAAAGGGAAACCUUAUCAUUGUCCCAUUGUCAAGAACAAACUACCUAAUUAUCAACUGCUGUAAAGGAGUUAAACCCUGAUUAGAGUAGGUAGAGUUAUAGUUGGGGAGAGACUGAAGGAUAUAUAGAGGGGAAGCUAAAAAGGUUGAAAGACAGUCAGUGGGGAAGAGUGUGGGAGAAAGGGGUGAGUGGGAGAGAGACUAAGAAAGGCCAGUUGGUGGGGUGGGGUGGGGGGGGGGGGUGGUGGAAGAAUGGCAUUCUGCUAAAGGCUGGCAGUGAAUGAUAGAACAGUAUUGGAUUUCAGCCCCCACCAUGUUGUUCAGUUGUUCAAGGGCUCAACAGUGGAAAUUGCCAUCAGUGACAGUGUGCACACCGGAUUGACAGAGAAUGCUUUCAUGACAAAAUGUCCUCCUCUUUAUUUUACAGUAAGCAUAACUUCUUGAACUUUAAACUCAAUCAAUUUUGACAAAUUAAAAUGAGUCAUUAUAAAAAAAGUCUAGACAAUCUGCAAAAGCUUCUUCCCUUACUUCAUGGCCUUUAAACUUCACAUUAAAUGAUUAUGCAGACUACCAUUGCAGUUUAUUGAAAUUAGAUGUCUGAUUUAUGAUUCUCUGUAUGAUAAGCAAUUUCUAUAUUUUAUUAAUUGAUUAUAUGUUAUUUUAUUGAAGUGCCAGAAACUAGCCAGAAACACAAGAUUUGGAGGAAGUGAUAUCAGAGACAUGCACAUAACAUGGCUUGUUUUGGAUCGUACUUUCCCUUGAGAUAUACAGAACAUCUGUGUGGACCAGUGGAUUGAACCAGAUGUUGCAAAUUCAUGUACUUAGAUACUUGGAUAGAUUACAGUUUCUGUACCCUUGUGCAAAAGUAUUUGGCCAGAUUUUGUGUCUGAGUAAAGAUAUUGCAGUAUACAGGGAACAAUAUUAAAUAAAAAUGAAAGUGAAACUAGACUGGGAUUUGUGUAAACAGUUUAGAAAAAGUAUGAUUUUCAAGGCUAACAGCAAGUACAACUGAUUUAUUGGUGGUUUUGUUUUCUCUGCCACUACAUUUAGUGUUGUAUAAAUGAGGGAUGAUGUGUCAAACUGCUAACAGAUGUACAGAUUGCUGCAAACUCAAGAUUUCUGUUCAGUGCAAGAAAUGGGAGUUCUGAUUUAUUUAUGUACAACUACAGCGUGAAAAAACAGCAUAAACCAAUUGCUGAUCAAAUACAGUGUAUAAAAAUAGCAAGUCUGGUACAUAUUUUGUGAAAAUUAAGAAUGUAACUGUUUGCAUGCAAUAAAUUAUUUCACAGAAUGUAAAACAGGCCUACACAUUUAGUAUUUAUAAUUUAGGAACAACUGGUGACAAUAUUUGCUUUACUUUUUAAUUGAAAAAGUGAUAUUUGUGCAAUAUUCUUUCAAAUGCAUGAAUAGCCUACAUUAUACUCAUAUUUUUUCUAAAGAUUGAUUUUAAAAUUAUGUAUAUACACUGUGUGGUUGACAAUAAAGCUUUACCAAUCUGGUCCGUACUGGGUGUG